AUGAAGGGUGAACCAGGUUUCAUUGGUCCACAGGGGGAACCUGGAUUACCAGGGUUGCCUGGGACAAAGGGUGAAAGGGGAGAAGCAGGGCCUCCUGGGAAAGGUGAGCGAGGUGAACCAGGAGUUCCAGGGCCAAAGGGGAGGUCAGGUGAAUCUGGAGCUAGAGGGCCAAAGGGGUCUAAGGGUGAUCCUGGAGACAAAGGUGAUUUGGGUGCUGUAGGUCCAAAGGGCCCACCAGGACAAAAAGGCGAUCAAGGUGCCACAGAAAUCAUUGACUACAAUGGCAACAUCCAUGAAGCCUUACAGGGUCCUCCUGGCCCCCCUGGCCCCCAAGGGUUGCAAGGGUCAAAGGGGGAGCCUGGAUCCCCAGGAAUUUCAGGAGCUGAUGGGGAGCAGGGGCCAAAAGGCUCAAAGGGGGAGAUGGGUGACCCUGGAAUCCCAGGAGAAAAAGGAGGGAUUGGACUUCCAGGAUUGCCGGGAUCCAAUGGUAUGAAAGGAGACAAAGGAGAUGUUGGCUUGCCAGGUCCUCAAGGCCCUUCCAUUAUUGGACCACCAGGACCUCCUGGCCCACAUGGUCCACCCGGGCCUAUGGGGCCUCAUGGACUACCAGGCCCAAAGGGUGUAGAUGGCCCAGUUGGUCCACAUGGUCUUGCAGGUCCAAAAGGAGACAGAGUGAGUGAGAUCGCCUCAAACACCUUAAUACCAGGCCUGUCACCAACCCAAGAUGUCCUGAUUGAGAAACUGUAUUGA